AUGUCGCCGAAAAACGUUAUGCUGCUCGUUUUGGCGUGUCUAGUCAACGGUAAGUCGUCGUAAAACACGGGAAUUCGUUUUAAUUAUUUAUUUAUUUUUUUUUUUUAUCCUUUUUUCAACCCGCACCCGUAAUAUCGGGCGCGUAUUUUACAUAUCUCAUUAGACAUCGCGAUACUAUUACUGUACCUGUCCGCACGACGAUGUCGUUGUAACGGGCGAACCGCGCGCGCGCGCCCUCCCCAAUCGCUUGUUUAUUGUGACGAGUAUACGAUAUAAACGCACACGCUAAUAUUAUAACGUUCGAUUUAAACCAUUGUCCUUUCGGACGCGAUUUGGUUUUCGGGGUGGGGUCGGAAACCCGUUCGAAUGGUUUUUGUUAUCGCGUGAUUGUCAUUGAUUGACGUGCCUCAUAUGAUUGUUUAGCCGUUUAAAAUGCGAUUUUGUUUUAUGAGUAGGCGUUUACCGUGUAGGUAGGUAGCGUUUUGACCGGGAUGUUUACGACAGCAACGAUACUGUCGUCGUACGUCCAUUUCGCGUCCGGCGCGCACGGAUGUCCCGGUAAUUCAGAACAUUUCGGCAUUAUUCGAAACCGUUUUUUUUUUUUUUUUUCAUUGCAUUUAUACCGGCGAACUGUACGGGUCCAAUGCGCCGGACACUGUUUGUGAAAUUCGGUAAAACGCUAUCACGUUUACGCAUUAAAAAGGGUACACUGCGAUUGAAAAAACGAACUAUUAUUUAGAUCAAAUAAUUAUUUAAAAAAUUGUCGCUCGUAGGAAUCAACAGAAAAUUAAAAUUAUAAUUAACAAAAACAAAUGUUGUACAUAACGCAAAUACGGUAAACGUAAUUUUUUGAAGCGAAAACAUGGCAGUUUCAACAGUUAAUUUCGUCAGUAGUGAAUUAAAAAUCAUUGGAUCAAACCGAUUUCCUAUAGUCGAUAGGUGUACCUAUGGCAAUGCGGCCGAUUGAACUGCGUUUUUUUUUUAUUUUAAUAUAAUAGUAAAGACACUGUUUUGGUGGAAAAUUGUCAACGUCUCUUUCGAUAGAAAAGUGUAUUGGUGUAAAAGUGAGAGAGGUUCGUAUUGGUAGUAUUGAGUAUUGGCGGGAAAACGGCAAAGGACACGAUUAAUAGAAACCGGUGGAAAGGGAAAUGUUUAGCGUAUUAAUUUCAUUUUGAUUGUAUUUGUGUAUUGUGUUGCGUGUUUACAAGAACAUUUCAUAAUAAAACGGUAAAAUCAUUUUUUUUACUUUUUUAUGACACCCUCGAACAAUAAACAAUGAUCGAUUUAAAAUAUAAAAAAAAAAUCCCUCUGCGUGCAGUUUUUAUAAUUCGGUGAAAUAAUUUUAGUUCUAAUAUUUUAGAGCCUUGGUAAAAUAAUUCAGGGUACGAAAACACAUUUUAAGAUAGUGCAGAUAGAGAUGACAAACGCCGGUGUAUAAUAAUUAUGGCCUGUGGCGGCGAUAAAACGUAUAGUAAAUUAUCGUUCACUAAAUUAGUUAUAACCUAUAACUUUUAAUAGGCUAACGAUCAAACACAAUUGAAAAAUCUUAAUUUAGUUUCAUAAUCAUAAUUAAGUCUUUUCUACGGCUUUAACCAGGGACGGAAAUUGUUUUUAAUUGUUUGUUUUCGUUUAUCGAUGUAAAAAAAAUAUCGUUUUCGCGAAACGUUUCGUUUUUGUUUUUUAUUUUCCAAUUCUUACAUCAGAAUAAAGUUCAAAUAAAAAUAAAUCUAAUUUUUAAGUGAAUUAAAUAAAUACCUAAUAGGUAGCAGUAGGUAUAGCACAUAUACAAUUAACAAAGAAACAAAGAAAUGCCUAAUUAACCACAAAAAAUCAAUAGAUAACGACCGCAGUCUUAUUAAUCAUCAGCGGUUAUUUAUGAGGAUUACCUUUUUUUCGACAGCAAAAUUCUUAUUAAUCAUCUUUUUCUUUUUUUCUUUUUUUUAAUUUCAAUCAUUUUUCAAUUUAUUCCCGUUUUUCAUUUAAUUCGGGUAUUGGUAUUAUCUUUUUACUGUUCAUUUGUUUUUUAUUUUUUGAGGGGAGGGGGAUUUCGUUAUUAAAUUUUUUUCGUUUAAUGACUUUUUUCAAAAACGCUUUCCACCCCCUGUAUUAAAUUAAUAAGUGUCAUAUUAUUAUAUUUGUAUGCGUAUGCAGUUUUGCUAAGGUUAAUUUUAUUUGUUCGGAAUAUAAGUUAGGUUAGGUAUACUGAGGGAUCAAAAUAUUGACAGGGAAAUAUUUUUUUUUUAAAUUAUUAUUUCCGAAAAUUUCGGAUCUUUUCUUCGUUUCUAAUCUUUCAUAAGGAAAUUACUAUUACCCACUUUAAUAUAAUAUUCAUUUUUCAUCCUCCGUCCGAUCCCGGAAAAUACGUUUAAACACUGCCAUAUUAUUUUUGUUUAGAUUUUUUUUUUUUUUUCUAGAUGCCUUCUACACGGAUGCCGCACCUACCAGCGAUUUAACUGUAAGUAAUAAAAUAAAAACUUGGCUUGUUCGCUAUUAUACAUAAUAUACGAGUAGGCUAAAUGUAAAACUCACAUGUCCCCCGAAAGUCAAAUUUUUCGAAAAAGACAAAACCGAGAGAAGGGUUUCUUGUACAAUGAAGACAUCUAAAAUACAUUUUUCUUAUGUAAAUUAAGCUAAGAAAACGUAUAACGACUAUUCGUAGUUAAUUUUUUAAUCGUAUUUUGUCGUUCGUUUGCAAUAUUUGUAUUUUGUAUGAAGUCGGAUACAUGCGAGUUUUGACACUAAUAAAUAAGGAACGAAUUUAUAUGUUCUUAAAUCUUCAGAAAAUAAAAAACGCUUAAAACCUUUUUUUUUUUUUUUUGAAUUUUAAGUGUCUAAUCCGUUUCCUAUUUAUACGAUAUCUACGGACCAUCUGAGUUUUGAUAUAAUAGUUGAAAUGGAAUAUGUGUGUUCACGUUAUGGAUCAUCUGAUUUAUGAAAUGGAUUGGAUAGGGUUCAGUGUCAAUUACACGUGAUCCAAUGGAACUAGCGCUUCUUUCCGUUUGUAUUUAGACCCGUUCGUAUGCGUUUUGAAACGAACUGAAUUGGAUUCGCAUAUAAAACCCCUGUCGCCAACUCUUUUUUCCAAUUUUUUUGAACAUGUGAGUUUCGAUUUUAGCCGGCUCGAUUGCGUAGUAUGUAAUUAAGAAUAUUGUUAAAAUUGACGUUUAUGAAAAAAAAAAAUAAACAACACUAUCUAUAAAGAUUCGUGCUAAGAUCAGAUUAUUAUUAGAUACCGUUCCAUUUGUACACAAUCAUCACAACAAUGCGUACGGAAAAAAAUCGACCGGCUUUAAAUGAUUAUCGACAAUACAAUAUUGACCGUUGCGUGUAGCAUGUAUAGCGGCGGGUACUAAUGAAUUAAUUUUGACGAGAACCCUGCGUGAUAAUUUUGUUUUCGACCGAGAACUUAGGUGCGGCCGGUGCCUAUAGCGAGGCGUAUUAACCUACACGACGGCUACACCCGCGACCUUCUGGAAGCCACCGGUUGUACAUUGUGUUUAGCAUACAAUGUCGCGCCGGUCAAUUUUAUCGCGAAAACACAAUGCACUGGUGCCGUGUUGUGUAUAGCUGAUAACAAUACGGAAAUGUAACCGCUCCGGACGUGCGUUUUAAUUGUUUAGAUUAUUUGAUGCGCGUUGAAAAAAAAAAAAAUAAAUAAAUAAUUAAUUCGUCCGACAAUCAGUAUUGAUCGUUAGUUCAACUAACGAGCUAUGACUCGAACAACUAAUCGAUUGUACAAUGUGUUUAUUUUUUAAGAACGCCCAAUCCGUUAUUGAAACGCGCUGAUGACUAGAUGUACUCGUAAUAAAUAUUUGUCAAUUAUUGUAUUCCCAAUGUUUCGGUCACUGUAGUGUAACCGCCGUACGAGUGUAUUUGUUUUAGAUUCCGCAGAGUAAAUUACGCGGUUUUUUUUCCCCCCGUCUUAGUGCGUACAGACCUUAACCUAACCUGACCGCCGCAAAUGACGUGUUUUUAGUUUUUCGCGGCGCAGAUUUCCGAAAACAAAACGAAAUUGUGGCCAUCACAUAUUUGCGUACCGGCACAUUUCGAUUGAAUUACGCAUUUCCUUCCGUAUCGAUUUGUGAUUACAAUAUAAUAAAUAUCAUUUAGCGUUUAAAAGCGAAUUUCGGUAAUUGUAAAUGAAAAUCCAGAUUUCGGAUUUCACAAUUCGGUUUUCUGGUGUUUUUUGUAAUUUUAAAAACGAAUUUUUGUGUUUUUCCUAUUUAUAUUUGUAUAUGUUUCUAUAGUUACGAUCUGUUUUAAUUUGCACGCAUUGAUUGAUGUAUGUGUUAAAAACAAUUGAUGGUUUUUUUAUACAUUGUAAUUUUAAAAAAAUGCGUAAAAUAAUCCGAAAUUAGAGUUUCAAAGUAGGAUCUAGUAAACUGCAAUUUCGGGUUUUAAAAUCUCUCUUGUUUAUACAAGGACCGGAUAUCCGCAUUUAAUUUCUCGGUUCAACUAACGGGUAAAAUAUUAUAUCGAAAUUCCACAACAGUAGAAUUCAAAUUGCGGCGGAAAUCAGUGGAAGUAAAAGUUUAAACAUAGAGAGGCGAGUGUUUUUGAUGGCGUCGCGUUCUUUAAUAAUAAAAAAAACGCCGCGAUUUAAAUUUUUAGCCACGUAAUUUUGAUAUGUUACCGGUCAGUGAAGCGGAACGCGCCGAAUUUUAAAGACCGUCGCAGUGGCAUUUGUAAUACACGUAUUAAAAAUGUGUUUACGUGAAACGAACGAAAAGAUCUUUUAAAUAGGUUCUAAAGGUAAAACGUCUGUUGUUGAAGACAAUGUAUUUAGCAUUUAUAUUUGUUGUUUUUAAUUGUAACUAUCAAAAAAGUUACAGUUUAAAAAAAAAAUAAUCGAAAAUACAUAAAUUAAAAGCGUUAUCGUCGGCAACGAGUGGCAUAUUUUAGACGAUUGUGAAACGUCAAAAUUACCGUCGCCCAUCAUUUUUGUAACUCGUGUGUUUUAUCUCUAAAACCGAUUUCAAAUCGAUAUUCUCGUUUGUUUUACGUGAACGAUCUGUACUGAUAUACUGUCCGUCUGCUGCCGUCCUUAGGAUUCGCGAGGCCCAGGACGAAAUUUCAAUUGUUUUCAUAUUUUAUUUUAUUACAAUUCAUAUAUUUUAUUUUUUUCGAACGGGAGACUACAAAUCUAAGUAAAAUGCGCGAACCCCGAUGCCUGUGCCUUGCACCCCCCCCUCCCGCAUGCGCGCGCACACACGCAUCAACACUCGUGAAUAUUGCGUUGGCCGGCAGGUGUUCUUUCCCCGUUCUUUGGUCGAGCUGGUGAGCUCGGAUUCGUUCGAGCAAGUUUGGCGGGACGCCGCGGCCGACCAGCUGACCAAGCGGUUCGGCCGCCGCCGAGACGAUGGCGGCCAACAGCCGUUGCCCACGCGGAACAUGGUCGGCGACUACAUCGUGUCGGACGAAUUCCAGCAGGCCGUGUGCAAGGGCGCCAACCAGGGCAUGACGUCUAUGGGCGGUAUGAUGAGCAACGCCCCGGCGCCGUGGUCGUUCAUGGGCACGUUCAUCGGGUCGGAGAAGUUCAAUCACGGUUGUUGCGACAUGAUGUCGCAGGGCAUGAUUCAGUUCGGCCAAGGCAUGAACAACUACUUCGCGCGGUCGGCGCCGGCCGAACAGGAGCAGGACCCGCUGCUCGCGCUGGACGAGUUCUUCCGGUCCGAACACUACGGCACCGCCAGAGAACGGCUGCGAACCAUGUUCUCGGACGUACAGUUCUGACCGCGGCGCCGCGCGCGCGGUGGUUCCGCGCACUAGUUUGCCGCACUGUAGUGUAGCCGUAUUAUAGUAGUACAAUUUCAUUCUUACCAUUUAACCGCGUGUCGAUAAAAUGUUAUGUUUUCUUUGUGUUUUCUUUUGUUUUUUUUUUUUUUUUGGUACAUAAUAUAUUAUUAUAAUAUUUAUUGAAAUUGUAGUCGGCGUGAUUUGAAAUAUAGUCCUAUCCAAAAGAAACAUUUUCAAAAAAAAAAAAACACGCGAGCACCCGAGCUCCGUCAUUACAAUCGUUUUUUUCCCCGGGCGAUUUGCUGCCGUUAAACGAAAAAAAAAAAAUAAUAAUAAAAAAUAUUUUAUCGGCGUAUGUGCAAAACAGUCGCCGAGAUUUUCCGACUUUUUUGAAAAAAAAAAAACCAUAACGGCCGCGACCGCAUUUUCGGAAAAUCCGCGCGCGUGUUACAAGGUACACGGUUUCAAGUGGACGGAUUCGUUGUUUCGGGUGUUGCGAAACGCACGGUACGGUUCAAACAUUCUUACACAGAACGCGCUCCAUUUCGAUUUUCGAGCAAACGUUUUAAAUCAAAAGAGAACAACAUUUCAGAGAGCGAGACGUUGAAUUUCCCCCCCCCCCGUUGUCUCCUAGUAUAACAGUUAUAAAUGCCGUUCAUAAAUAACGGAUUUUUCAACGGUUUUUUUCAAUUCGCUAAAACUUUAAAAAACCGCAACGUCUCGCACACUCCGGUGUAUCGUUCCCUAUUCGUUUCGUAGUAGUUGCUUUUGCUGUAAAACCGAAACCGAACAAGUUCUGUGUAGUCCGCGUGAACACGUUCUCACCAUAAUACCUUGUGUUUAUGAGACAGAAACGACAAAUGUACGUGUAACGUAAGCGGCGUUAUUACCAACGUGAAAAAAAUGUUUUCGGAGAACGCGCAAACGUAACUCCGGCUGUCCCCCUGGCCGUUGCACACACUUCGCAAAUGACCGACUCGCGGUGUGAUUCCGAUCGGUUCCUAUUUCAUUACCGACAAUACACGAUUAUUACGGAACGGUUGCGAUAUCGCGCGAUCCAUUUUCAUUCGAUCGGUUCCGGAGCGACAAGGAUUUUCCGAAGACGGACGUGAAUUCAACUCGAAGUCUGGGUCGUAUUAUUCAAAGUCGUCGGGCCCCUUUUUUUUCUCGAGUUUAAUCCUCCGCGAUUUCGGAAAAUUAAAAAAAAAAAAAAAACACUCUAAAAUUGAAUUGAAAAAUUACUUUUUCGGUUAAAUCGUUAGUGGAUCGAGUUCGUGUUUCGCGGGGGGGGGGGGGGAGAGGGGAGCCGAUUUCAUAAUCGACUCUGGUACUUUUUACUCGACCGCGCUAGAAAGUGACCGUAAAAUGUGUUUAGAUGAUAUUUACAACAACAAACGCGGGCAUACAUUUUUUUCCCGUAUUUCCCGCUUGACGCGGUUUCAAACGCAUAAUAUAUUGUCUUGAACUGCUACCGUACUUGUUGCCCGUUAACCGAGCGUAUUUGACCGCAAGCGCAAGCGUCUCGGGAGACACGCGUUGCCCCUGUACUCCCCACCGUGAAAUUCGCCGCCGGAUCUCACGCAGUCGAAAAAAAAAAUAACAAAAUGUCGGCGUAUCGCGAGGGUUUCCGAACCGUUCUGCGGGUCGUGCGCCGCGAGCAACGAAAGAGAACUUUUGGUUUAGCGGGCGCGCCGGGAAGGGCCCGACGAAUCAUAAUUUUAGCGGGGAAAAUCGCUGUCGCGCGUGACCGUGUGUCGAUUUCCGGGGGAGAGGGGGGUGGGGGGAGUUUGGAGAAACGUAAAAACACGAUUACACGGUACCGCCGGGGAAUCGUUUGUUCCGGUCAACCGUCGCGCGCGGAUAAACACGACGGAAUUCGCCGCGCGAAACGGCGGGCGCGGCACCCGUCAGCGGCGUCAGCAGCGUUUUUCACCGUGCGUUAUGUUGUAUUAUAGGCGGCUAACGCGGCACCGUCCGAAAGCCGAGUGCUGCGGGCCAACGACAGAGAUUACGAAAACGAGGUGGACGACAAGGACAAGACGGCGUUCGAAAACUUCUUGCUGGGCGUGCACAACGUCGACGCGGCGAUGGAAGCGAUGAUCGACAACUACACGGACGGCGUGGAGCACAUGGGCGAAGAGAACGCGCCGGACGGCUCGCUGUUCGACAAGAUAGUCCAGCCGGACCGCAAUUGA